AUGGAACAAAAAAUAAUUUAUUUAGAUUUGUUUAUUUUGACAUUUUUUAUUCUAAGUUUUUAUGGAAUUUCAAGGUUAGAAACUAAAACUAAUUUAUUUAUUAAAACUGUUCAAAAUGAAGCAAUAGAUUUAUUAUAUGAUCCUAUUGUUAGUCCUCAUAAUAUGGCUUAUUCUUAUGUAAUAAAAGAGUAUAAUAAAAAAAUUGCUUAUUGUGUAUUACCAAAAAAUUUAAGUACUAAGAUAAAAAAAUUUAUGGAAAAAUUAAAGAAUUCUAAAAUUAUUUAUAAUAAAAAUUAUAAAAAUGAUUCUGAUUUUGUAAAUAAUAAAACAUAUGAGUCUGUAUCAUAUAAUAAAAAAAAUGAAAUAAUUGUAAAUAAUGAAGAUUGGUUUUGGUUUACAAUUCAAAGAAAUCCUGUAGAAAGAUUUAUAUCAUCAUUUGUUGAUAAAUGUAUUAAUGAAGGAUCCCAAAAAAAAUUUGGCUAUGAAACUUGUUAUGGUUGCCAUAAUGAUAUUCAUUGUCUACUUUCUAUUCAAUUAAUGAGAGCACGUUUAUUAAUAAGAAAUUCAUCUUAUAUUGAAGAAUCAUAUGGAAAAAGAAAAUAUUCUUAA